AGCCGCUUCGCCUUGAUAGAGCCAGGCGCGGGCCGGACCGACGUCGGGAGGCGCUCCCUAUCUCGAAAAUCCUUUUAUCCACUUUCCCGGUCUCCCCGGGUUUUUCCGGGCUCAAAUGGCCGCCGUUUUCUCCCUCUUCUCGCCACCCACUUCCGCUCCCGGGCUACUCCGCCUCCCCGCUUCUCCGUUCAAGGGCAACGCAAGGAGUCUCAGACCCACCACCUCUUCCCCCUUUCCAUCUCUAUCGGCAUCCAGGUCUCGCCUCGUUCCAAGGGAAGCAGAGAGGCCCUCCUCCUCGACCUCGACACCCAUAGUUAUAUGCCGAGCUGCUGCUGCUCUCCCGACUAGUGAGCGCUUUCGGCUCAACAACCUGGCUCCCCAGCCCGGCUCGAGGAAGAAGAACAAGCGGAAGGGACGGGGAAUCGCUGCCGGCCAGGGGAACAGCUGUGGGUUUGGUAUGAGAGGCCAGAAGUCGAGGUCCGGGCCCGGCGUCCGUAAGGGCUUCGAGGGUGGACAGAUGCCUCUCUACCGUCGGAUCCCCAAGCUCCGUGGAAUUGCUGGAGGCAUGCAUGCAGGGUUACCAAAGUUUGUCCCUAUCAACAUAAAAGACAUUAAAGAUGCUGGAUUUCAAGAAGGUGAUGAAAUAUCACUGGAAUCUUUGAAAGCAAAGGGCUUGAUUAACCCAUCUGGCAGAGAGAGAAGACUGCCGCUAAAGAUUUUGGGAGAUGGGGAUUUGUCUAUUAAGUUGAACAUAAAGGCACGGGCAUUUUCAAAAGCAGCAAAAGACAAGCUUGAGGCUGCUGGCUGCACUCUCACUGUAUUGCCUGGUCGGAAGAAGUGGGUAAAACCAUCAGUUGCGAAGAAUCUUGCUCGAGCAGAGGAAUAUUUUGCCAAGAAAAAAGCAGCAGCGGCUAAUGGUGGCGCUGAUCCAGUGACCAUGUGAGCCACAUCAUCUGUAUCCUUCCAAGUUCUUGUGCCAAAAGAAUGCUAUCUGAUUAGGAAUCCUUUUCAAAAUGUUUUGUGGUUGUCUUUUGUUUGUGCUAUUUUAUUUGAUUUCUGUUUAGCGAUAACUUGAUCUUUUGAUGUUUUCAUUGUUUUGGGGGUACAAUUAGUGGGGUUCCCACUCCAAAAAAGAGAGAGAAAACAAGGAAAAGUGAUCUGAUGAUAAAGUGAACGUAUCUGAA